GUUUUAUACCCACACACCGGUAUGGCUCCUUGACCUAGCACCCAGUGCAUACACAGUGACAUGACGGAUUACUCCCAAAACCCAGCUUCGUCCGAAGUUUCGCAGUUCAUAUAAAGUGUCCGUUCUUGUCGAGCACCCAGAGGAAGCCAAGGCUUCACUUUUUUUGAGCUCAGAAUCCGUUCGGUUGCACGAUUUCUCCUCAACAUCGCGAUGGCUGCUAUCCAAGAACAGCGCCCUGAUAUCCCGACGCUCACGGCAGCACUCGAGACAACUGCUCAAGAAAUCAGACGCCUACCAAACCUAAGAGUUCUACAAAACAAAGAGGUGCUUGGAGCAAUGGAAGCCCUUAAUGGGCGGAUGGCCGAUCUCCGCACCGGGAUGCAAACCCUCCAAGUGCAGAUGGUCAAUCUACAUGCCAGUAUCUCGAGCCUUUCGCACACGCAAAGCAAUCAUCAAGUCAGUCUUUUGAAUGGCAAUUCGAUGGCCAACGACAUGAAUCGGCCUCUUAUGCCAUUACGGAACGUUCGAGAUGGGAGCAUUAUCCCCCAUUUCCCGCGAACCGCUCCGGAACUUAUGGCAUUAGAUGGUCAUGCUCUCGAUGUGAUCCUCGACUCGUUGGGAAUGCCAGUUGCUGAGAACCAAACGCUGGCUUCCAAGAAGGAAUUCAUUAAGCGGGAGUGGGCGUUGGGCUAACGUGGUGUUAUGAUGCCCCUGCCCCGCCCAACCUGUAGAGAGCUAGAUUUUCUGUUGAGAUCUAUGGGCGCAGUGCGACGUUCGAAGAUCAGCGAUCGGGCAACUCCACGUUCACACCGACCCCGCUAUUUGUACGGGGGUCGCCCGAUAUUUGUACGGGGCAGCACCAUAGCCAAAUCUUUGACAGCGAAGAUAUAUAGCAAAGCCUAAUCAAUAUCUAACAGUUACAGCUUGGGCUAAGUUAGAACUAGUAAUAAGGCUUUAGGUUUACUUAAUAUUCCAAUUUGCCCGCUAGGAAUUUGGAGGACACCGUCUUACUUAUGAUGGUUUGUUAUGAUUCUAUGAAUUCUGUCCUGAAAAGGGAUGUGCGAUACCUUACAGAGGUUACCGGCAAAAGUUUUCAAAGUGGGCCAGGUACCGGCAAGGGUCACACACCACCCCCUGAAUGUACCAACGCGUCGCGC